AAUGAAGGAUCAACAGAAAGGAUAAAUGGAACGUACCGCUAUGUAUUGCGUCUUUAUGGUCGCCUUAUUAAUGGCCAAAAGGCACUAGUAACUCUUAAAGACAUUCGGGUAUUCUUUGACAUUCUUGUGCCAGAUGACGAAUCUCCCGAUGAAUGCGAAACAAAAAUAAGGGAUAUUUUAUCUGGUAGUGUGAAGUCAUUUUCAGUAGAGCAUAUUAAGGCAUUUCCUUUUCAUGGUUAUCAUACAGAAAAAAAGUCAUAUUUGCAAAUUUAUAUAAACAGUACUGGUGGUAGAAAAACUGCUAUUAAAGCUGUUCAAGAUAAUAACUUUGAAACUGCUUUAGAUGAUUUAUACUCAUUUCACCGUAAGGUAGCCCGAGAGAAUGGUAUUCAACUCUCUGGAUGGUCUACAAUAAAUAAAUAUAUUUACAAGCAAGGCAAAGGGACCAGCCCGCUUUGUCCACACGAAUUCUACGUAUCUAUAAAAGAUUUUUGUCCACUGGAAGAUUUUACAACAAUAAGCGACCAAUUUCCCAUUUCAGCUCUCUUACGAGAUCGUACUCUUGUCCUCACUUGA